GAAAUCGGGCGGAAACAUGCUUUCCUAUCAAUUUUAAUGUAUUUCACUUAUUAAGGUGACAGUUAUGUGGCUACACUUUAUAUUCAUUUAUACUUUAUUUAGUGGCAGUUUAUCUGUUCUGGAGGUAGAACUAUGAAGGAUUUAGCCGCUCUCCAGCCGGUGUCCCUGAACGCGGCCUUUAGGGGGAGUGUCUGCGUGUCUCUGCUUCAAACCGUGUGUCUCUGCGGCUGUCCAGCGGUGAGAAGCUGUUCUCUCUCAGACUACACGACCGGACACUCCACCGACCCGCUACACCACCGGAGAGACCGGCUCCAGCUCCAGUCGGCGGUGGAGAACACUGAGCUGAUGUUCAGGAACCAUAGCUGUUGAUGCUGAAUCUCACCUGGCAGAACCUUUAAGCAGAACCUUUGAAAUUCCUGUGGGACCGUGGGUUCGGACGCCGACAUGGACGACGGCUACAUCUGGCAGCGGCGCAUCGUUCACGGCAUCCGGCACCAGAAAGGCGCCGUUCCCUUCCCAGAGUCGGUGAAGAUCGGCGUGGAGUUCAACGCGGCGCUGGAGAGGAAGAACAAGCUGGACCAGAACCUGCUGACCAACGCCGUCAUGCUGGAGAUCUGCAGCUUCGCUAAAACGGUGACCAAGUCCGAGAAGUACUUCCUGUUUGAGAUGCUGGAGUUGAACUUCGAGCUGGGCGUGGACGUGGACGACGGCCAGCAGUGCUACGCCUACUCACUGCGGGUUCACAACAAGAUCAAGCUGCUGAGGGAGCAGAUCAAGCUGAAGCCCAGCCGGUGGAGGGAACCGUUCACGCUGCCCGAUCCCAACUUCAUGUCGGUGUACGCAGCCACGUCGGAGGUUCUGAGGCAGUACUACCCCAAACACAACAGAACCACCGACGUCUUGCUGCUCACCAACAGCAGCAACAACCUCCAGAAGGCCGAGGGCGGAGUCAGCAGGAAACGGAGAGGAUUCCAGUCCAGACCAAAAGAGGAAGCUUUUCCUUUCUGCGCUGAGCUUGGCGUCACUCUGACCAUCCGGCCGGACCAAACACCCAAACCGAAGCUGGAUCCAAACCUCCUGACCAACGGGGUGAUGCUGGAGCUGCUGGACUUCUCCAGACUGCUGUGUGGAACCCAUACCCACAUCGUCUUUGACCUGGUGAAGCAGAACUUUGGUGUGGAGCUCAACAGGCUGCAGUUCCGGAUGCAGUUCAACAAAACGGUGGAGAGGAGAAACGCCUGCCUGACGGCCGAGGACAAGGACGCCUUCCUCAAGGAGGUCUUCAGGUUCCAGUCUGAGAAGAAACGUCAGAAGAGGAAAAAACCCGACGCAGGUGAGCAGGAAGUGGAGAUACUGAGCAGCCGGAGGAGGUCGACGCUGAGGCAGAGGAGUAGCGGAGAACCCUGGGAGGACGGAGAUCUGUCCUACAUGUGUCCCGUGGACUCUGAGCCAGAAACAGAACAGAACUUGGACGCAGAAACUAACUUAUCAGAGGAUGUAAAGCAGGAGGAGGAGGAGGUUUUCAUCUCGCCGACGCAGAAUAACGAUUUAAAAUCAGAACCAGAGAAGCAGAAGCUGUGGCAGAGACGAGCUGCUCGCUCUGAGAAGAUCCUGACCUACUGCCGAGUCAACGACCUGUUCGCCCACUGCAGGGACAUCGGACUGGACUUCAGCGUUUGUUCCAGCAGCAAACAGAACCUGGACCUGCAGCUCUUCACCAACUGGGUGCUCUGGGAAGUUUACAAGUUUGGAGCUGCGAUGAAGAAGAGUUUACGACAUUUCUUAUUCGAGAUUCUGCUCAACAACUUCAACCUCCCGCAGCAGAACGAAACGCAGGAGCGGAACUUUCUGCUUUACCUGGCGACGAAGGAAAGAAUUCUACAGAAUCACAGUGACAGGGAGGAGGAGGAGUUCCUCAGCAGGCCCUUUAGGUUCCCUCGAGUUUACAACGUGAGCUUUAAACAAGAGAAGACGGAGCAGCAGGAGGUCCAGCAGUACGAGGAGCAUCCCUUCUGUAAAAAGCUCGGCCUCAACCUGUGGUCCAGCGAGGAGCGACCGGCCAAUCAGAGGCUGGAUCUGGGCGUCCUGACGUGUGGCGCCGUCAUAGAGAUGUUCAGCUUCGUCCGGCAGCUAUGUGGGAACGUCCACGCCACCGUGAGCGACGUCCUGGAGCACAACUUCGACCUGGACCUGCAGAGCGGCCGGACGGAGCUGGCCCAGAGGAUCCACAGGUGGUUCGUGACUCAGCAAAGUCUGAUGAAGAAGCAGCGGUUCUCCAAAGUCAACCUGUGGCUGAACAUGGCCGUCCCCCUGGAUGGACCAACGCCGAGCAGCGACCUGCAGGAUCCAGACCCCGAAGACUCUGAGCUGGACGUGAAGCCGGUGGACGUGAAGCCGGUGGACAGAGGCGAGCAGCAGCAGGACAGAGUCUACCACAUCUGCCAGGAGAUCGGGCUGGACCUGGACCUCAGCUGUAGACCAGAACCCAAAGCCAAGCUGGACCUGCAGCUGCUGACCAGAGCCGUCCUACUGGAGGUGCACCGCUACGUUGAGCGCAACUGCAACCGCUACGUCCCCGCCCUCUACGAGAUCCUGGAGCACAACUUCGACCUGAGCUCCCAGAGCCACCGCAGGGUGGAGUUCGCCUGGUCCAUCGCCUCGCAGGUCAUCGCCAUGGCAGCCAAGCACGGCAGAAAGGGAGGCUACCUGAACGCCGUGUUCCAGCUGCCCUUCGAGGACCACCAGCCGUCACAGGGCGGCUGCAAAGACGAGCCGGACGACCACCUCCACCACCCGGAGCUCAGCGACAACACCGACAUCGUGUUCGUCCGGAAACUGAAGCCCGUGGACAUCGAGGUGGAGAUCGAUUAGAUCAUAGAACCAUCAGAUCAUAGAACCCUGGUAGAACUAGAGCUGCUUUUUAAUCUCUUUUUUUGAUGUUUUAUUUCUCCUUUUUGAGAUUUGAGUCAUUUUGUAGCUUGUUUUUGCCUUUUUUGUCUCAUUUUUGAUGCUUUGUGUUUCAGUUUUGUCAGUUUUUUGUCUCUUUUUUGAUGUUUUAUGUCUCAUUUUUGGCCUCAGGUCAGAAUCCUGCUAGAACUGGAGGUGGAGUCACUCAAACUUCACUUUUAAAAAGCGAGUUUUGCUUUAAAAGGUUCUUACAGCGUGUUAAAGGGUGCGUAUUGAUUGUCUUGGUGGUUGUGAAACAGUUUCUAACAUUCAUCAAUGUGCUGCUGAAUCAUGAGCUGAAUGUCCAGUCACUGUUGAACUAUUGAUCAGGAGAAUAAAGUCAUGUUGGAAUCAUUUUCUCCAACUAAUCCAGAUCUAAACAA